AUGACGGUGUCUUACACUCUCAAAGUGGCAGAGGCGCGCUUCGGAGCCUUCUCUGGCCUGCUCUUCCGCUGGAGGGGCAGCAUCUACAAGCUCCUGUACAGAGAGUUCCUGCUCUUCUGCGCCUUGUAUGCUACACUCAACAUCACCUACAGGCUGUUGCUGACCCAGGAGCAGAAGCGUAUUUAUGCCCAGGUGGCCCGAUACUGCAACCGCUCAGCAGACCUCAUCCCCUUGUCCUUUGUGCUGGGUUUCUACGUGACUUUGGUGGUGAACCGUUGGUGGUCUCAGUACACAAGCAUUCCACUGCCGGACCAGUUAAUGUGUGUCAUCUCAGCCAGUGUGCACGGUGUGGACCAGGGUGGCCGUUUGCUACGCCGAACUCUCAUCCGCUAUGCCAACCUGGCAUCGGUUUUGGUGCUACGUUCCGUGAGCACCCGUGUACUCAAGCGCUUCCCCACCAUGGAGCAUGUGGUGGACGCAGGUUUCAUGUCUCAGGAAGAGAGGAAAAAGUUUGAGAGCUUGAAAUCGGACUUUAACAAGUACUGGGUGCCUUGUGUCUGGUUCACUAACCUGGCCGCUCAGGCCCGCAGAGAUGGACGAAUCCGUGACGACAUCGCUCUCUGUCUCAUACUGGAAGAGCUGAACAAGUAUCGGGCCAAAUGCGGCAUGCUGUUCCACUAUGACUGGAUCAGCAUCCCCCUUGUCUACACUCAGGUGGUGACGAUAGCUGUCUAUUCCUUCUUCACCCUUUCCCUGAUUGGCCGCCAGUUUGUGGAGUCAGACAAGGAGUCCUCUCCAGCCCCGUGGUACCUGGACAUGUUCGUGCCUCUCACCACAUUGCUGCAGUUUUUCUUUUAUGCUGGUUGGCUCAAGGUGGCUGAACAGCUCAUUAACCCCUUUGGUGAGGAUGAUGACGACUUUGAGACAAAUCAGCUCAUAGACCGAAACUUUCAGGUGUCCCUGCUCUCUGUGGAUGAUAUGUACCAGAACCUGCCUCCCACUGAGCAGGAUCUGUACUGGGAUGAGGCUCGACCUCAGCCACCCUAUACGGUGGCCACAGCUGCUGAGUCACAACGUCCUUCCUUCAUGGGUUCCACUUUCAACCUGCGCAUGAGUGAUGACCCGGAGCAGAGCCUGCAGGUGGAGGCAUCUCGGAGGUUCGACCUGCCAGCGCCGGUCACGCAGACCUCGCAGACCCCGCUGCUGGGCCGCUUCCUGGCUGCAAGAGCGCCCUCACCUGCUGUAAGCCUGCAGAACCUCACACCUGCUGCACCUGCGACCUGGCGGUGA